GGCUCCGAUCUCAUUGCCGUCUUCCUCGUUUUAUAAUUACACACACAAAAAAAAAGAGAAUUAAGUACAGAGAUUCGUCUGAGAGAGCGAGAGCGAAAAUGGUGAAGAUGAGUUUCAGAUGUGCGACUUCAAUAUUGCUUGUGUUGGUUCUUAUCUCAAUAGUUUCGGCGAAGAAGUCAGGAGAUGUUACGGAGUUACAGAUCGGUGUAAAGUAUAAGCCGAAAACUUGUGACAUUCAGGCACACAAAGGUGAUAGAGUCAAAGUACAUUAUCGGGGUAAACUCACAGAUGGAUCUGUUUUCGAUUCCAGCUUUGAAAGGGGUGACCCAAUUGAGUUUGAACUUGGCAGUGGUCAAGUGAUUAAAGGAUGGGACCAAGGAUUGUUGGGCAUGUGCAUAGGAGAGAAGCGCAAGUUGAAAAUACCUGCAAAACUUGGUUAUGGAGAGCAGGGGUCGCCACCCACCAUUCCAGGUGGUGCAACACUUGUUUUCGACACCGAGCUUGUUGCAGUGAAUGGGAAAACAUCUGAUGGAGGGAAUGCAGAUGACAGUGACCUGUAGUCAGGGAAAACUCAAGUCCAUGUUGUUUUCCUAGUAGCUGGAUUUUGGGUGAGUCGAAGGAUUGUUACCUAGUUACUAUAGAGUUGACAUUCAAUUUUAUUUUGCUCCCUAAGAUAUUGGAAGUCUAAGCCUAUUUGUAACAUGGAUGAGGAUGUUCUCUUAUGUCUGUCUAAGCAAUCAGGAGUAGUUUAAUUAACUUUUUGGUGGAAUAACUGCCUGACUUUUUAAAUUGCAAUUUAUUGAAAAUUCACUUUAUGGUUA